CACUUACUCUCUCCCUCCCUCCUAUUUUUCGCCGCCCCAUCUCCCCCUACCAUCUUUCGGUGCUUCGCCUCCGCUUAUCUCUCUCCUUGCUCCCCCUCUUCUCUCUCCCUCUCUCGACAACUCCCCUCCCUUGCGCUGGCUUUGGCUUUAAUCCAAUCAAAUCAAGUCCAGCCCUCACUCACGCGGAGAUAAAAAAAGAGGGAGACGAAAAGGAGGCGCAGUGAAGAGCGGAGGGCGGGAUCCGGCCAAACAAGAAGGAAUAAAAAGAAUUAUUCAAGGGAAGAGGAUUCUUACUGCGAUGGCGUCGUCGUCAGCGCCGGUCCCGGCCUCAUCGGCCGCGGUGUCGUCAUCGAUGACCGCAUCGACGAGCUCGCCAUGCGCGGCGUGCAAGUUCCUCCGCCGGAAGUGCCAGCCGGACUGCGUCUUCGCGCCCUACUUCCCGCCGGACCAGCCGCAGAAAUUCGUGCACGUGCACCGGGUCUUCGGCGCGAGCAACGUCACCAAGCUGCUCAACGAGCUGCACCCCUACCAGCGGGAGGACGCCGUCAACUCCCUCGCCUACGAGGCCGACAUGCGCCUCCGGGACCCCGUCUAUGGCUGCGUCGGCGUCAUCUCCAUCCUCCAGCACCAGCUCCGCCAGCUCCAGAUGGACCUCUCCUGCGCCAAGUCCGAGCUCUCCAAGUACCAGUCCUCCGCCGCCGCCGCCGCCGCCGCCGCCGGCGGCGGGUCUUCUGCCCCCACUUUCGGCGGCGGGCUGGCCACCGCCGGCGUGCACGGCUUCCUUAAUGCCGAUCAUCCGAUCGGGUUCGGAAGGGAGCAGUUCUUCCCGGCGGGAAAUAACCGGGAGCCACCUCGUCCCAACCAGCACUUGAUGAUGAGGAAUUUUGAAGGGGAGUUGGUGGGGAGAUUGGGUGCGAAUGGAGCAUAUGAUGCAGCAGGAAUUGUGGCAGCUAUGAAUGCGUCGGCGGCGAGCAUCGGGCCAUUGGGUGGGCAGUUCCUGAAGCCAAGUUCUGCCGGCAGGAAUGACCGGCCGAGCGUCGGGCCGUCGUAGAUGUCCUUGCAGGUUUCUAUAUAUUUUGCUACUAUUAUUUUCUGGGUGCUUCCUCCUCUUUGAUAACACUAUGCUUUUAUUUGAUUUUAGUGUCAAGGGUGGUUCUUCUACAUUAGUAGUCAAAAGUAAGAGCUUGAGAUUAGC